UUGGUGGAUGCAGCACAAUGGCCUUUUUUGGAUAACAAUGACUAAUUAUUAUUAAUACAACUAAGGUCUAAGGAGUGUUGCAUAAAAGAGAAAAGGAAAGGAGGGAGCGUAGAAUAAAGCAAAAGCGAAGGUCUUUCUCAUACACGGAUCCCCAUGGAAUGCGGGAAGGAUGCCUAGCAUUGCUUGCUGAAACACAUUCUUUUUGUUUAGUUUAAAGGAACUUGCUUUGUUCCCUUUACAAAUGUGUCCACACAGACACCUUAUAUACAUACACUCCAAGACAGCCUCACAGAGAGAGAGAGAGAGAGAGAGAUAUUAUAGUUUAUGAUUCAGUUGCUUGCAGGAUCUAGAUAGAUUUGUUUACGUUGUUGGUUAGAUUUGGCCCAGUCACUUCUGCAACCGAGACAAAAUUGUUUAUUUAGAAAAAACAAAUUGGUCUAAAUGGUGAGGUGUGGAUAGAUCAUAGAUAUGGUUUGCUAAUGAUUAUUUACAUAUAUUUCUCUUGUUUGGUUUAGGAGUGAGUGAGUGUGGAGAGAAAAUGAAGGGCAUGGAAAAUGAUGACACUGUUGACGUUAAUAAUCAAAAUAACUGGUUGGGGUUCUCACUCUCUCCUCAAAUGAAUAUUGGAGUUUCUUCACAUCACUCCCAACCUUCCUCUGCUGCUGAAGUGGUUCCUACAAGCUUUUACCACCAUGCUCCACUUCAUAACUAUGGCUUCUACUAUGGACUUGAAGCAGAAAAUGUUGGAUUGUAUUCGGCCCUGCCUAUCAUGCCUCUCAAAUCUGAUGGCUCUCUCUAUGGAAUGGAAGCUCUGAGCAGGUCACAGGCACAAGCAAUGGCUACUACUUCAACUCCAAAACUGGAGAAUUUCUUAGGUGGGGAAGCGAUGGGGACCCCUCACUAUGAAUGUAGUGCCACAGAAACAACCCCUCUGAGCUUAGACAGUGUGUUUUACAACCAACCAUCACGCCGUGACCUAAACAACCCAACAUACCAAAACCAUGUCCAACAACACAUUAGCAACCAACAGCAACAACAAGAGCUUCAAGCUCAACACUUGUCAUAUUACUCUACCUUGAGAAACCAUGAUAUGAUGUUAGAAGGGUCCAAGCAAAACCAAACUUCAGAUAGCAAUCUUCAUGUUUCAAACAUGGGGGAUGAUGGAGUUCCUGUUCCUGGUCUCAAGAGCUGGACAGUUAGAAACUUCCAAGCUAGCCAUGCACAGGACUCAAAGAUGAUUGUUCCUGUGGAAGAAAAUGGAGGUGAAUCAGGGUCCAUGCAGGGAUCAAUGGCUUAUGGGGAUUUGCAGUCUUUAAGCUUGUCCAUGAGUCCUAGCUCACAGUCUAGCUGUGUAACAAGUUCACACCGAACAUCACCUGCUGUCAUUGAUUCUGUUGUUAUGGAUACAAAGAAAAGGGGACCUGAAAAGGUUGACCAGAAGCAAAUUGUUCAUAGGAAGUCCAUUGACACCUUUGGACAAAGAACCUCCCAAUAUAGAGGUGUAACAAGGCAUAGGUGGACUGGUAGAUAUGAAGCUCAUCUUUGGGACAACAGCUGCAAGAAAGAGGGCCAAAGCAGGAAAGGAAGACAAGUUUAUCUAGGGGGUUAUGAUAUGGAAGAAAAAGCUGCGAGGGCUUAUGAUCUGGCCGCACUCAAGUAUUGGGGACCCUCCACUCACAUAAACUUCCCUUUGGAAAAUUAUCAAAAUGAACUUGAAGAAAUGAAGAACAUGACCAGGCAGGAAUAUGUUGCUCAUUUAAGAAGAAAAAGCAGCGGAUUCUCAAGAGGGGCUUCCAUGUACAGAGGAGUAACAAGGUCUCAUAGGCUAACAACCACUCACAGACACCACCAACAUGGAAGAUGGCAAGCUCGAAUUGGUAGAGUGGCUGGAAACAAAGAUCUAUAUCUUGGAACCUUCAGUACCCAAGAGGAAGCAGCUGAAGCCUACGACAUUGCUGCUAUAAAAUUCAGAGGAGUGAAUGCUGUGACCAACUUUGACAUAACAAAAUAUGAUGUGGAGAAAAUCAUGGCAAGCAGCAACCUUCUUAGCAGUGAACUAGCUAGACGCAACAGAGAUACAGAAGGUGGAACUCAGUAUAUUGAUCAUAAUCCUAAGCCUUCUGCAUAUGAUGACACUCAAGAAGCUAUUCUAAUGCAGAAGAGCUGUGAGAGCCAAAAUGAUCAGUGGAAGAUGGUUCUAUACCAAUCCUCUCAACAACUUGACCAGAAUCCACCAAGAAUUGAGAGUGACAGGGCCAACCACUCCUUCUCAGUGGCUAUGGACAACAUGUUUCAUCAAGAAGUAGAGGAAUCAAGCAAGGUGAGAACGCAUGUGUCAAAUCCUUCUUCAUUGGCCACAAGCUUAAGCAGCUCAAGAGAAGGUAGCCCUGAUAGGACAAGCUUGCCAAUGCUCUCUGGAAUGCCUUCAACUGCUUCCAAACUAUUGGCUACUAAUCCAAAUAGUAACCUCAACGUGAAUUCUUGGGACCCUUCACCCCAUUUGAGGCCUGCUCUUUCCUUGCCUCAGAUGCCAGUUUUUGCUGCUUGGACAGAUGCGUAGUUCAUAGUCCUCUUUUCAUUUUCAUUUUCUCUCUCAAGUAAAUUUUCAAUCCUUUUAAUGUCUUUUUGCAUGCAUGGACAAUGCGAGAAAAGGGGUUGUAGCUAGCAGAAUUGAGGGCUUAGAUUGAAUAUUAUCAGCAAGUUUAAAGUUUUAAUGGUUACAUUUUGAGAUUUUACUAGUAAAGAAUUCCUGAAUUUUCAUA